AAAUGAGCGAUGGGAAAUCAUCAUGCAGUUGGUGCAGGAUGCACUAGCUCCGUCUUCACACAACAGAAUAUAUGAAUGGGGAAAUUACACACAAUGUAUACAUAAUUAAAUGGUCUUUCGUCAUUAUAAUUGUUGCUAAAUAAUUACUGAGCUUGCUUAUAUAAUGAGAUACAGUUGAAGUAGUGUUCGCUUCGUGUUUUAAUCAGUACGAAUUUAAAGUUGCUGCGACACAAUGAAUACACUUGUUUACGUGGUACUUAACGCGCUGUUCUUUUCAGUCGUCUAUGGUAGCAAUGAGAAAUACCGAGGAAACCAGCUGCUGGAGUUGAAGCCUUCCACACAGAAAAAGAGCAUGAAACUUUUGAAAUUUAUGGAUACUCACAAAGCGUCGACGGUUGAAGUUUGGAGCAGAAAUGGAUCCAAUUGUCAGAUCCAAAUGACAGCUCAGGGAGCACAGUUAUUAAAAUCUUUUUGUCAGCUUGAAAAUAUAAACUAUAAAGUUGUUAUCGCUGACGUAAAGCGAGCAAUAGAUACAGAAAUCCAACACAACGAAGCGACCAUCUCGUUUGGUUUUAACUAUGAAAAGUUUAACAGAUAUGACCCGAUCGUUCAAGAGUUGUUCAGAUUGCAAACACAAUUUGCACAUUUAAUGAAAGUGUCAAUGGUUGGACGAUCUUACGAAGACAGACCACUCUUUUUAGUCAGGAUUUCGGAGUGUAUGAGUGGCUGUCACAGGCGUUUCGCUGAUGAUAAACCCAUCAUUUGGAUAGAUGGUGGGAUCCAUGCAAGAGAGUGGAUAUCUGUCGCUGCUGCGUUGUACAUGAUGAAACAGGUACAGAUUAACAACAACAAAAAAUGCUUGUGUCACUCAAGUAUUUGUAUUCUCUGUUUUUUUCUCCUUCCAGCUGCGUUUUGUAACAAAUAUUUUUUCAAACAAAAAGACAAAUAUAUAAGAUAUACAGCCACCAAAACAACACACAACUAA